GAUAAGUAAGAGAGAGGACUGGACGACAUCUUUUAAACAGAAACAGCAAGCGUAGUAGCACAGUAGUAGUCGUAGCUCCCAACAGAACCACCAAGGGAGAGAGAGGACAGUGUCGUCAUUUUGAAGGGACGGAUCUCGCUUUUGGGUGGUGGUGCUUGAAGAGAGAGAAAACCACACAGUGUGUGGAGUUGUAGAGAGAGACAGAGAGAAAGGCAAAGUAUUGGUUUGUUUCGGUUUCCAAGUAACGAUGGAGAGAAACACUCCGGUGAGGAAGCCUCACACAUCCACCGCAGAUCUGCUCACUUGGUCCGAAAUUCCUCCCUCUGAUUCCCCCGCCACCACCGGAGCUCGCUCCUCCGCCCGUUCUCACCAGCCAUCGGAUGGGAUCAGUAAGGUUGUGUUUGGAGGUCAGGUCACAGAUGAAGAAGUUGAGAGUUUGAACAAAAGGAAACCUUGUUCAGGUUAUAAAUUAAAGGAGAUUACUGGUAGCGGCAUUUUUGCAGCUGAUGCAGAAAAUGGUACACUAGAAUCUGAUGCCAAUCCUACUCCAAAUAGCAAAACUGGAUUACGGAUGUACCAGCAAGCGGUUGCUGGAAUCAGCCAUAUCUCAUUUGGUGAAGAAGAUACUGUUUCUCCAAAGAAGCCUACCUCACUGCCUGAGGUCGCAAAGCAGCGUGAAUUGAGUGGGACGCUACAAAGUGACUUGGAGGCAAAGUUGAAGAAGCAACUUUCUGAUGCUAAGAGCAAGGAGCUUAGUGGGAAUGACAUCUUUGCCCCACCUCCUGAAAUUCAACCCCGACCAUUGGCUGCUAAAGCAUUGGCACUAAGAGAAAGCAUAGAAAUUGGAGAAUCUGCACCAUCUAAUGUGCGCACAUCUGUCAAAGUUUCUAACCCUGCUGGAGGUCAGACUAACGACGAGUUUAGCGAGGAACCUGUGAUCAAGACAGCAAAGAAGAUUAACAACCAGAAAUUUGCAGAGCUGACCGGAAAUAACAUUUUCAAAGGGGAUGCUGAUCCAACAUCUGCUGAGAAAUCACUGAGUUCAGCAAAGCUGCGAGAAAUGAGUGGCAGUGACAUUUUUGCUGAUGGGAAGGUAGAAUCUCGAGACUACUUUGGCGGAGUUCGUAAGCCUCCUGGUGGCAGCAGCAGCAUUGCCUUGGUGUAAACUCGUUAGGUCCUCUAACUCAAUUUAUUUUUACAAUUAUUACAUCUGUGUCUGGUUUUUAUUUUAUUUCUAAGGAGAUAGUUCUCCUAUGAUUUGACCUUGUGUUGUGGGUUUUGGUAUUUCCUAGGGUUUUAACAUGUCAACCAGAGCUAUGGACUAUUGGCUAAUUGGGUUGUAUGUCCAUAAUCUUGUGUUUUUGAAGUGUCUUAAUGAAUUUGCAUGGCUGUCAUGUUUUAUUUUGUUGCUUGGAAAGCUCAUUGGACUAGCUAUAUACAUUUGAUACUCAUUUUCAUUGUUGAAACUUGGUGGUGUCAAAUAUUUGAUUUUGAAUUUUGGUUA